CAUGAUUAUAAAACCCUACAACCAUUGAAGCCGAGGGAUAGGAGAAGGUUUUGGAUCGCUACAACUGCUUACAUAUUAUCAACUUCUCUCCUCAACUUCACCUUCAACUUCAGCAUCCUCAACUUCAGUCUCAAUAUCAAUAUCACUAUCAACUUCAACCCCAAACUCUGCGAACUUACUUACCAUGGCCUCUUACCCAUCCGCUGUAUUGUUACGAAAACAAUUAGCCGAAUUCCGCAAACGACCUGUAGAUGGUUUCUCGGCUGGAUUAGUAGAUGAUAACGAUGUCUACGAAUGGGACAUCACAAUAUUUGGUCCAUCUGACACUUUAUAUGAUGGCGCUUUCCUCAGAGCACGAAUGUCAUUUCCACAAGAAUUUCCGCUACUACCGCCUAAACUCCGAUUCACAACUCAAAUGUGGCAUCCUAACAUCUACAGUGAUGGUACAGUUUGUAUCUCCAUUCUACACCCUCCAGGCAAUGACGAGUAUGGAUAUGAAGACGCAGGCGAACGUUGGUUACCCGUCCACGGCAUUGAAUCCAUUCUCGUCUCUGUUACUUCUCUUCUAGCAUCUGAUAAUCCGAAUACUGAAUCGCCCGCGAACAUAGAUGCCGCCAAAGAGCUUCGCGAUGAUCCUGCUGCUUAUAAGAAGAAAGUCAGACGACUCGUGCGCAAGAGUGCCGAAGAAGCUUUCGAAUGAUUCUGUCCACUCUAACCUGUUCAACCCUCUGAUCUUCCCUCGUCAUUUUUACUCUUUUAGAUGUCUUUUGUAGAGGAGACCCGAUUGUCUGCGUAUGUGUGUAUGUGUAUGCGUUGUGAUCUUAAACAUGCUCACAGAUGGGUUUCCUUAUGUUGUGUUUAAGUCUUUUUCAUGUGUUUGAUUUUUUUUUCUUGUUAGUGAAAAGGUGAGGAAAAAACGAGAAAUGAUCAAGGAAAAAUCACAAUGUUUUUUGAGUUUUAACCUUUUUCUUUUUUUCACCUCAACUUCACUUCAAGUUUUUCCAUGACCUCUCAUUCAUUUCAAGUUUUCCUUCUGCAAUCCUGAUCACUCUUUUCAAAUUGAUACAAAAUUGUUGCUGGGUUUUCAUUCAAGGAUCAUGAUCUCAUCAGAAGUACACAUGAACCCAGUAUCAACAAACCUGUUGUGAAUUUGACCUGUAAUACAAGGAAAGAAGGGAGCUCUUUAGUAGCUUUGUAUUGAACUUGUGCAUUACAUGUGUGAAUGAGAUCUGAUGAUUUCAGACAGGAGUCAUCCCAG